GAUCUUGCAUCACUGAUAUGAAGUUUGUAUUUGUUCACUGUUAGCUGAAACUAGUCGUUACUUUUAUAAUAUAAGAGAGUGUUUGCUUCUCCUGCUUACUUCGGUUACUUUAUUUUAUCGCAUUCUAUUUAACUUAUCAAACAAUAGGAAUUAUGACAUCGAAUGUGAAUGACAUUGUUCAAACAACUGUAACACAAGCUAUAGAUCCGAAUAUUGCAUUCAUCGCCGCAAUUGUUUUCGGUUAUUGUUUAUAUAGAUUCAUUAUUAUGACGAAUAAAAAUUCAUCGGAUGAUUUAGAUGAAACGGAUGCUGAAGUAGAUGAUGUACAAGAUGCUCAACGAGAUGAUGCAGUAUUCUUAAACACUGGUGAAUUUGAUAAAUAUGAAUAUGAUUAUUUCAAGUUGGUUCUGGUAAUUAGAACAGAUUUGAAAAUGGGAAAAGGAAAAGUAGCAGCACAGUGCUCUCAUGCUGCUGUUGCAGCAUAUAAAACUGCUAGAAGAGUGUCAUCAAAAGCUGUAAAAAUCUGGGAAAAAUGUGGUCAAGCUAAGAUCAUUCUUAAGGUGGAUAGUGAAGCUGAACUUAUGAAAAUAGCGAAACAAGCUAAAGAUAUGGGCCUCAUAUCGAACAUGAUACAGGAUGCAGGACAUACACAGAUACCAGCAGGAAGUAGAACGGUAUGCGCAAUUGGACCAGGUCCAGCGAAAUUGAUAGAUCAAGUAACUGGUCAUUUAAAAUUAUUUUAAUUACUUAUUAAAUAAAAAUUGAUUCGGUUUUUUAUUGUA